CAACUCACCGGCGAGCAGAAAUCGCGUCACCAACUUCAUCUUUUCUCUUCGACAGUGGAUCCUUCAACAGUGACCAGUGAGGUAAGAGGAACUUAGCUUCACCAUCACCCUCAACCAAACAAGAAGUUAAUGAUUCUUCUUGAAAACCCAUGGGUUCCCUAAGAAAACCCAAAUCUAGAUUCUUCUUGAGAUCCCACAGGUUCUCUUAGAGAACCUAAAUUUGGGUUCUCCUUCAAUAGAUCAAGGAGGGUGGAAGAGAAGGAAGAAGAGGAGAGAAGAGGCAAAGAAGAAGAAAAAGAAAGGAGGAGGGAAAAGAACGAAGAUGGUUGAAAAUCAAAGAACCAAUACUACGUGAAGAGGAGGGUUGCCCAGAUCUACUUGGUGGAGAACUCACGAGAGGAGAUGUGGGAGGAGACGAGCGGAGAAAUGGCGACGGAGGAAGAGAGAGAAAGUGAGGAGAUAAGAAAAAUGAAUGGAAUGGAGAAGUUGGCCUCAGUACCUUCUGGUGGUGCUGGUGUUGCAGUUGCUGCUGCUGCUGCACCUGCAGGUGCUGCUGCUCCAGCUGCAGUCGAGACCAAGAAAGAAGAGAAAGUGGAAGAGCAAGAGGAGUCUGAAGAUGACUUGAUGUUCAGUCUUUUUGACUGAAGGAGAUGUUGCUUGCUUGGAAAUAUUCUCUUCUCAACUCAAGCCUUUACUUAGAUUCUGAAAUAAUAAAAUAAUAUUAUUUAAAAUUGACAUUGUAAUUUCUUCAUCUUUUAUAUAAUAAAUUAAAUAUUUAUCA